AUGCUGGCUCCAACUGCCGUAGCAAUGGCUCCGGAGGUGCAUCCCUUCACGGCUGUUCUUUGCUACCUCUGGAGCGCAGUUUCUGUUCUCUUCUAUUUAUUCGCGUACUAUGUUGGAGGGGUUGCUCCAAGAUGGAGUAGUGACCUGACGAAUAUAGGCUAUCAUGCAGGAUCUGCCAUCUUGCUGAUUUUCUCGGCGUUUGUACUGGAGCUGGGAUUUUUAUGGACAGGUCUGAUGUUUGCUCAAUCUGGACAGGCAGAGCUCAAAAAGACCUUGAGGGGUCAUAGACUGAUGGACUCUUUUCUCACCUUGCUUGAGUAUGUCAUCAAAUUUGUGACAGGGAUCACAAUUUGGCAAUUUGAAGGUCCAGUUCACGUUGAUAUUUGGGCAGUAGGUGGUGAACGACCAGUCUUCUUUGUGCGCUUUGCACAGUGGGCGGUCGCAGUUCCACUGCUGAUCUUGAUAAGUAACCGGGCUUUCCUGGCAGAGUAUGGUCUCCGGAUAACGAUGAUGAGAACCCUGCCAUCCUUGAUCGUGACAUUCUGGUCGGUGUGGCUGGCUUGGCUAAUGGAGGUGACCACUGUCCCUGGACUCAGGUGGCCGUGCAUGUUCGUUAGCGCAGUGGGACUUUUUCUUCCAUUGGCAGAUCAGGUCCAGCUGUGUCUGCAGUGCCAAGGCGUCAACUUGUACAAACUGAAGUGUGCAAUGUUGAUCUAUCAGAUCGUGACGUUCAUCUUCUACGCGGCACUUUUUAUGUUUGGCCGCUUUGGUAUCAUUGAACUUUCUAUGGAGCAGAUUGUGUAUGCCUACUGUGACUCCACUGUGAAGGUGCUUCAAGGUGCUCUGCUUGCCAUGAUUCGGUCUUGCGAAGAUGCUGAGCAGAUCCACCGAUGGUAUGCGGAGGCAGUGGCCUACAAGAAGGAUUUUGACACUAUUAUCAAGCUUGCCCAUGUGCCUGUGGUGACGUUCCUUCAAGAUGGCACCAUUCUGCGACUGAAUGAAGCAGCAUCUGAGCUUUUCAACUCAACUGAUGACAAGUCCUUGGUUGGCCACAAAUUGACGGAUAUGAUCAGGAAGGACAAAAAAGAUCUCUUUGACCAAUCGGUGCAAGAGCUCUGUGAGAAAGACAAAAGUGCUGGUUCGGGAUUGCUGGAGCUCACCUGCAAGUCUCCCUACCGGGAAGAUGAGUGCUAUUUGUUGGUCAAUCUUGUGAUGGUGGACACGUAUCAGGAGGGAGUAAAGGCACUAGUUGCCAUAGGCCAAGACCUGUCUGAGCUCUGUGAAUUGAAAAGCGUUGAGGAGAAGAAAAACAGACUCAUGGCAGUUGUCUCUCACGAGAUUCGAAGCCCUCUGCAUGGAAUGAUUGGCCUGGCUGCAAGCAUGAUGGACUUGGUGACCAAUGAUGGAAUGAAGAGACAGCUUGGGAUGGUGAAGAGCUGUGCUGCCCGACUCCUGGACCUUGUGACAAAUGUCAUGGAUCUCUCCGAGUCGGAACAGCGCAAAAAGAACGCAGGGAGCAAAGCCUAUGCUGAGCAAAAGGUGAAUUUUGUUGCUAUCACCGAAGAGGCGGUUGUCAUGAGUCGAAUGGCCGUGGAUAAGGCAGGCAAGCCUUUGAUCAAAGCAGGUGUUGAGUUGAAGAACUGCACAAGGGACAUCGGCAAGGUGCCACUAGUGAAGGGUAAUCCCUACAAAUGCACCCAGAUGAUUUACAAUCUUCUCACCAACGCUUGCAAAUUCACCGUUAGCGGCUCUGUAUUUGUGUGUGCAAAGCACAUCAAGGAGCAGUCCAUCUUGGAGGUUUCCGUCGUUGACACAGGUUGUGGCAUCUCUCCGGAAGCGCAAAAACGUAUCUUCAAGCCCUUUGAGCAGGAGCACAGCAGCAGCGGCGACUCCAGAAAUUUUCAGGGCCUGGGCUUGGGUCUUGCUGUGGUCUUGGAGAUUGUGCAGAUGCAUAAUGCUUCCAUCCGUCUAGAGUCUGAGCUUGGGAAAGGCUCCAGCUUCAUCAUCUCUUUCGCCUGCAUCAACGAUGAGUUUUGUGAGGAUGUCGAGCCGGUUCCCACAGUUCCGAAGAGGCGCAGUUCGAAACCUGCGACACUGCGAGCAGUGAAGCGAAAGAGGCCACUGAUCUUGUCUGUGGAUGACUGCGAAGUCAACCAAGAGAUCAUCAAAUCUGUGCUGGCAGCAGAAUAUGAAUUAGUGUGUUGCAUGGAUGGACCAAGUGGACUAGACUGGUUGGAAAAGAACCGUGCAAAUGGUGGGCUGCUGCCGGAUGUUAUUCUGCUUGAUAUCCAAAUGCCUGGAAUGACAGGCUAUGAUGUUUGUAAGAAGAUUCGACAGCACUAUGAGGAAUCUCAUACAGCCCUGCCGAUAAUGAUGCUCUCCGCAAAUACUACAAAGCUUGCGGCUGUCAGGAGCAAGGAGAAUGGCAGCACUGAUUUCAUUGCAAAGCCGUUUGCGAAGGACUUUUUGAAGAGCAAGAUUCAGGAAGUUCUGAAGAUGAAGGAGGCAACAAGUGACUUUUCAGAGCAAGAAGACAUGCACCGUCAAAGCACGGAAGACCUUUCCAUGGAUGUUAUGGGGGCAAAGACGACGGUACUCGAAGCCGAGAAGAAUGAAAUGGAGGCUCGGGCUGUCAAGGCAGAGUUGCGCGCUGCGGUGGCAGAAUCAAAGCUCGUGGACAUGCAUCAGCUGCAAGGGCAUCCAGUGAGUCUGCAGGAACCUGGUCCGAUGACCCUUGGUAUUGACAUGGCCCAAGACAUGACAGAGCUGGAGUUUCUGCACAACGAGCUCGUCCAAAGAGAAGUCACCAUUGCUCGACUUGAGAGUGAGUUGGGCAGAAGCCGUGCAUCCAACCAGCUCAUUUCGAGACGGCUUCAGAUGCAAAAUCGUCUCAAUCAAAUGCUACAUGACACGCUGCUCGAAGGGUGCGAGGAUGACUCUGCGAGCUGCAGCCCACUGCUCAUUGAGAUGAGAGCUGUCCAGAUAGAUGACAGAUCCAAUUUUGAAACACACGACGACUUUGGCGCAUCUAUCCAAAAGAACAAAUAGGUAUAAAUAGGAUUAAAUAGGUUGUGCUUCAGGACUGAAUGCUUCAAACACCAUGUCACAGCAUUUGGCUGACCAAGGAGACUAACUUGCUCAAUGUCGUG